CUAUGGAUUGUCUGUCUUCUUGCACAUCCUCUUUCUGGGUAUAUUCUAUGUCAAUGGAGAAUUGAAGCUUGAGGGACUACUUGGACUUUGUUUUUAAUUUUUUUUUCUUUUCUGUUCUCAUCUUUUUCUUUUCCAUUCCUUUUCCCCUGCCGAUGUGCGUUCUCCACCCAUAGACUAGGCUUUUGCCUUGAAGAGGGUAUGUUCUGUUACAUGAACUUUAAUCUCUGCCACUGUUGAACAGUCCUGGGUAUACGUAUGCAAUGGAGUCUUGGAGUUAUGGUUCUGAAGGGAAGGGUUUUCUCGUUUCUGAUGAGUUGAUUUCACUAGCUGAUGCUCGUGAGCGAAGUGGGAGAGUUGCGAUGGGUUGGAAUUCGAGAACGCAAUGUAAUUUUGAGAGUGCCAUGUGCGUCCCAGGUCGACUUACCAUCGAGAGUCAGGGAGGAUUCAUGGAAUUGGGUUUCCCUGAAAUCACCAAGAAGUCACUCCCUGAAAACCCGAUUGGAGGAGCUUUGGGUGGUCAGAUUGGUAGCGCAAGAGUGGCUUCUCCUCCUUAUGUGGUCUCCCCGAAAGCGUUUUUAGAAGAGGAUUCCAGUUCAAGAUUUUCGAGCUCUGCAGUGGACUCCAGUAGUUGGGAUUCGGCACUGAUUGAUUUGAAGCUGGGAAGAUUGACUGGUUACAGAGAUCCACAGAAGGGUGAAUCUUUCAAACAAACGCCUGUUAUAAGCUCGGUCAGCUCAUCUGUGCCAGCAAAGAGAGCACGCACUACGAGUUUGAACUCUCAGACUCCCUAUUGCCAAGUUCUUGGUUGUAACUUGGAUCUCAGCUCCUCAAAGGACUACCACAAGAGGCAUAGAGUUUGUGAGGCUCACUCCAAAACCACCAAAGUUAUUGUGAACGGCAUCGAGCAGAGGUUUUGCCAGCAGUGUAGCAGGUUUCAUUUACUGGCUGAAUUUGAUGAUGGUAAGCGAAGUUGUCGAAAACGUCUUGCAGGCCACAAUGAGCGUCGUAGGAAGCCCCAGUUUAAUCACAGCAGUAGAGCAGAGAAAUUGCUUUCAAUGUAUCAAGGUAACAGGUUUCUUGGGACUCCCUUUUCCUCGAGGACUUCAUUCAUUUGUCCAGAUAUAUUCCCACUGCAUUCAACAAAAUAUGAAACUGGUAACUGGUGCAAGCAACUAAAAUUAGAACAUGAGACAGUUGAUGAUCCUCAGGUAGUGAUACCUAUUACAAAUGGACUUCCUAGAUCCUUCCUCCCUCCUUAUGGCUCAGAGAAACAGUAUCCUUCUUUGGAUGGCAAUGGAAUUGUUACUGGACCACAAAGCAUUUUAUUUGAGAAGAAUAAUCAAUACCCUCAUGACUUGUCCAGUCCAAAUUGUGUCUCACAACCAGUAUUCGGAAAGAACACAUCAGGAAGUGAAGAAUUGACUUUUUUUGAUACAGCAUCAACCAUUCAAGGAAUGUCCGGGGUCUCUGACUCUGGUUGUGCUCUCUCUCUUCUGUCAUAUCAAUCACACAAUUCCUCAAGCCAUUCGUCAGGAAAUCCCCUUGCUCAGCCUCUGAUAAUCCAAUGCAGUAAUCUCCAUCAAAGUGUAGGUCCGUUUCCUGAAAAGCAUUUUGGAGCAAGCUCACAAACUUCAACAAGUGUCGCAUCAAAUAAGUUUUCGUCAUCAGGGAUGAACUCUGUGGAGGUUGAUCACAUGGAGCCUAUAUUAGUUUCUGAUGACAACAAUGUUGAAAAUUUUGAAGUUCAUACGGAAGGAAUGUUUCAAGGGUCAGAUCUUGUGGAUGCCAAGGAUUCUCUCACUCAUGCUCGAGGACCCACUGUUGAUUUGCUUCAACUGUCAUCACACCUUCAACAUGUGGAGCGUCAGAGGCAUUUCUUGCAAGUGAAGCAGGAAAAUAAUAUUUUCUGCUGCCUCCCUAACAGUUAACUGAUACAUGAUAACAAGGUACAUAAUCAUGUCCCUGAAAACUUUGUUUGUGUAAGCUUUAAGCCUCUGCUGAUUUGGAAAUUGCAGUGUUUUACU